UCUCUUAAGAAAACAUCACUUGUACCCAUGAAGACCUCAAACAACAUUAGUUUUGCAUGGUUUGUAAUCAUCUCAAUGUUGUGUUUGCUUGCAAAUUCUCAACUAACAACAGAUUUCUACUCAAAGACAUGUCCUAAUCUUCGCACCAUCGUACGUGACCAAAUUAUUAAGGUGAUUAAAACUGAACCAAGAAUGGCAGCUUCUUUGCUUCGGCUUCACUUCCAUGAUUGUUUUGUAAAUGGAUGUGAUGCAUCGAUCUUACUCGAUGGAGCCGACGGAGAGAAGUUUGCUUUACCAAACAUCAAUUCGGCUCGGGGAUUUGAGGUGGUGGAUUCGAUCAAAAGUGUUGUGGAAAGUUCAUGCAGUGGAGUAGUUUCUUGUGCUGAUAUUCUGGCUGUAGCCGCUCGUUAUUCAGUUGUCUUUAGUGGAGGACGACGAUAUGACGUGCCACUAGGAAGAAGAGAUGGACUUGUGGCAAACCAAACCGGGGCUAACCUAAUGUUACCUGCACCCUUUGAGACUCUGGGUAACAUUACUCGCAAGUUUGAAGCCGUGGGCCUCAAUAUCACUGAUGUCGUCAUACUUUCAGGUGCACAUACAUUUGGGAAAGCAAGUUGCGCAACAUUUAGAAACAGAUUAUUCAACUUCUCUGGAACGAGUGCACCUGAUAGUACGUUACUUGACUCGAAUAUGGUAUCGGUUCUACAAAAUCUGUGUCCGGUGAAUGGAGAUGGUAGGCAAACAACAGCUCUUGACUGGAACUCGACUGAGAAUUUUGACAACCAUUACUUUCGAAACUUGGUCAACGGGCGUGGACUUCUUGAAUCUGAUCAAGUGUUGUAUUCGAGUGAUGAGGCUAUCUCAACUACACGAAGUCUUGUUGAGCUCUACAGCAAAAACUGGCAGAUUUUCUUGGAUGAUUUUAAGCAUUCCAUGGUGAAACUGGGGAAUAUUCAACCACUUACAGGAUCUUCUGGUGAGAUUAGGAAGAAUUGCAGGGUUGUUAAUUCAUAGAAUUUUUUUUUUAUAUAUGUGACACAAAUAUUUUACAAAACAUAUGACAUUAGAAUAAUAUGGUUGCAACCUCUAUAUAGAAUAUGAUUUUAAAAGAGUUAACCAUUUGAAGAGGAA